GAAAACAUCACUUCUCAAUUUAGGCUCAAAAACGGAACGGAAAUAUGCAGAAACAAUACUACCGGUACGACAAUUGGGUAACUAUCUGUUAUGCACAAUAUUGAUCAUGAAUGUCGUGGUGAAUGCAGCCAUUUCAAUACUCUUCGAGGAUAUGACCAGUGGAAUGGUUGCAUUUAUUAUUUCAUCCGUUGGGAUUGUUGUCAUUGGUGAAAUCAUCCCACAGAGUAUCUGUGUUAAGAAAGGCCUAGCAGUUGGUGCAUAUACAAUUUGGUUGACGCGAACAUUUAUGAUUCUGACGUUUCCUUUCUCAUAUCCGAUUAGCAAAAUUCUGGAUGUUUUCCUUGGCGAAGAUACCCCGGUAUAUGAUCGAUGCAAGCUGAUAAAUUUAAUGAAGAUGACUGCAUGCGAAGAGAAUCAAGAAUUAGCAGCUGAUCUGAAAAUAGCUGUUGGUGCUAUGGAAAUAUGCGAGAAAACAGUUGGGGAUGUGCUUACUAAAAUAGAGGACGUAUUCAUGUUAUCUGAAGAUACGGUCAUCAGUGCAGCAACAAUUGUCGAGAUUAUGAGACGUGGCUAUUCCAGAAUACCAAUCUAUGCAGAUGACGAUCGAAACAAUAUCAAAGCUCUUCUAAUGGUGAAGGAUUUGGCUCUGAUCGAUCCACACGAUAAUUUCACCGUCAAAACAGGUAACUAUCAUUUGGCUAUUGUCGAAAGUGUUCACAAUAUAUAUGAUCGAAAACUAAGUCGACAAACAAGGAAUCUACUCGGUAUUGUGACACUAGAAGAUAUUGUGGAAGAAAUUUUGCAAUCGGAAAUCAUUGAUGAGAGUGAUUCGGUUAUCGAUAAUACACAUAGAUCAAGAAGGAAACGUGUUAAGGAACCAAGUUUUACUAAACUGCUAACAAGUGAAGAGUAUAGCAAAGAAUUAUCGGUGCAUAUGGAACAAAUGACAAUACAUUUUUUGCAACAAUAUCAUAUACUCUUCACUGAUAAGUAUGUCGAACGACGAGCAUUAGCUCAUUUACUUAAGCGUAGUAUCAGACAGAUUGACAUGUCCUAUUCACCACAAAUAACAGGUUAUUCAGCAAAGCAGCGUGAAGCAGUACCUAUGUAUUGCAUGAAUAAACCGGCAUUUCGUUUUGUUGUAAUUCUGGAAGGCCGUGCUACUGUUAAAUUGGGAAAUAUGGAGUUUGAAGCUGGUCCUUGGACACCGUUUGGAAAUGAAAUUUUAGAUCAACUGAAUGAACUUAUUGACAGUAAUUUGAUAACCGACGAAAAUGAUUUUAGUUUUUCAGAUUCGAAGUUGGAGCUGAUCAAUUCGAUCCAGUUCAAUCCGGAUUUCGAUCUUUUUGUGACGGAUUUUUGCCGAUUCUUGCAUCUUACUGUAUCUGCUUAUAUAAAUGCGAUGAAAGUGACUAAAAUUGCUCGUGCGGCACGGAAUGAAAAAGGCUCUGUCAGAUCGCUGCUCAAAGCUUCAUUGUAUUCUGGAAAUCCAUCGCAAUUUGAGCGUUUGUCCGAUACGAUUAAGAAACAAGAGAAUUCGAAAUCAACUUUCGACGAUGUAAGCAAUCCAAAAAGUAUAUUUAUAAAACGCCGUUCAAACAGUGAUUUCGGACGUCAGUACUGA